AUGCCUCAAAGAACGAAUCUCUCUUUCUUUCACAACCCAGAUUUCAAAAUUUUGCAGCAAAACCCUUUUGAAAUUUCCUUCGAAUCAUUUGGUAUUAAUCAUGAUUAUCUUCCCUUCAGUACGAUCGAUUUCUCACCGAGUUCGCAGACAAAGUCUACGAAGUCCAUGAAGUCUUCUGGAGAUAAAGAAGUAUUGCAGAAUUAUAAGAUGGAUCAAAAGUCAUAUAUAGGUGUACGAAAAAGGCCUUGGGGGAAGUUUGCAGCAGAGAUUAGAGACACAACAAGAGGAGGGAAAAGGGUUUGGCUUGGAACCUUUGAUAUUGCUGAAGAUGCUGCUUUAGCUUAUGAUCAAGCUGCAUUUUCAAUGAGAGGUGAUAAUGCUCUUCUCAAUUUUUCAGUUCAAAGGGUCAAACAAUCUUUGCAAGAGAUUCAAUAUGAUUGCACAAAAGGAUCUUCACCUGCACUUGCACUCAAGGAGAGACACUAUAACCAAAGAAAGUUGUCAUCAAAAGGUGUAAAGAAUAAUAAUAAAUCAGGAAAACAAGAUCAAUCACAGGAAUCAUCAUCAUCAAGUAUUUUGGUGUUAGAGGAUUUGGGAGUUGAAUAUCUUGAGCAACUUCUAACUAUAUCUGAUAAUCCAAGUACAAGCAACAACAGCUACUUCAAAUCAACUUUUUGA